GCUUACAAAUUCGCCCAAAAUUUCCCCCAAAAUUUUCCACCACCACAACACCAACCCAAACAAAUACGAUUUCGCCGCAAGAAUUCGUGUGCGUAGAGAUGAAGCCGCCGGUAGAGGUGGAGGCCGACGAGCGGGCGGCGGAGAUGGCUCGCAAGAAGGCCGCGGCGGCCAAGAAGGCGGCUGAGGUUGCCGAGGAGGAGGUGGUGGACGUGGAAGAGGACGAUGACGUGGAGGUGGAGGGCGAAGACGAGGAGGAGGCGGUCGAUGGGGAGGAGGACGGUGACGAUGACGAGGGGGAGGGUGAGGAAGAUGACGACGACGAGGAGGUUGAGGGGGAGGAGAAGGAGGCCGGCGGGGUGGUGGGGAUCUCCGACGAGGAGGAUGAGGAGGACGGCGAGGAGGCGGAGGGCGGUGACGACGACGACGACGACGAUGACGACGACGACGACGACGACGAGGAUGAUGAGGUAGAUGGUGAGGAGCAGCAGGAGGAGGAGCUGGGAACUGAGUAUCUGGUCCAGCCCCUUGUUCCAGCUGAAGACGAAGAGCAUUCCAGUGACUUUGAGCCUGAUGAGAAUGGUGAUGGCGGCGCUGAGGAUGAGAUUGAUGACGAAGAUGAUCCUGAUGAUGGUGAGGAUUCAACGAAGGCACAGGCCUCAGCGAAGAGGAAGAGGUCUGGUGAUGAUGAUGACGAUGGUGACGAUGAUGAUGAUGGCGGCAAUGAUGACGACGAUGGCAGACCCUCAAAGCGAUAGUCAAGCCGUGGCUGCGGAUCUGUGAUCUUCUGCAGGGUGCUAAGAAGGGCGAAAUAAUCCUCUGGCAGAAGAUUGUUGGUAAAUGCUUGUAGCUUUAGGACAUCUGUGGGUAGGUGUAGCUGCUGAAGCUUUGUGAGAGUCCACCGUUGUAGUUGUUAGUGCAUACUGCUGAUGUCUGAUUAACAGCCUCUCGGAACUUCAUGUGUGAGGGAAAGAGAUCAUGGGGCUUGUUUUUAUGCUUGUGUAGCUUCUAGUUCAGGUCUGUGGAAACAAUGUGGAUGAUUUGUCCUGAAUCUUGUCGUGAUAAAUUUUUUUCUUGUACCA